AUGAACGAUGAACGAGCACAAAGCCACGAGAGUUUACUCAAAACAUCUCGUAUGAGUUCUUAUUCGAGACGACACUAUGAUUUUAUGGAUACGAAUCAUUCGGUGUUCUCACGAAAUAGUUAUUACAAUGAUAUGCUUACUGUUCAUCCAUGGUCACGGCGUCCAUGUUCGCGUUUUUCCGGAAUUCCGCUGACAACGUUACGUACGAAGUCUUGCUCGCCACGUCUUGAGGAUUUGUCAAGACCAAAAAUAAAACGCGACAGACUUAUUCGAAAGGAAGUUUUUGAUAACCUAACCAAUUAUGCUUAUAGUGGUGUUAAAGCAACAGCAUUGACAGUUCGACAUUCCGAUCGUGUAGCUAGACUUGCACAACCGAAAAAAAUCCCAAAUGGUUAUAAAGAGCCUCAUAUACUUCCAAAACAAGUGCCAGAACAAGCUCUAAAUGUUCAAAUAACAGAUCGAGUUUGUCAAUUGGCUAAACCACGUCAAGAUAUAAUAUUAAUGCGUGCAGCAUGGAAAAGUCAACAGAAAUAA